AUGCGGCAGGAGGCGCGGCCGAGACGCCCGGCGGCGGCCAUGUUGUGCUUAAAGGGGCUGUGCUCCCAGGGGGGAGGAGAGCGGCGGGGCGGCUCUGUUCUCGGGCCCCGCCUCUCCGCCCCGCACCCGCAGCGCCCUGCGCCGAGCAGGGGGGGGGCGCGGCCCGGGGUGGGCUCGGUGCGAGGCGGUCCGGCCGGGCGCCGGCGGCUGGGUUGGGAGCAGCGGGGCGAGCCGAGGGCGGCGGUGCGGGAGCUGCGGGCCGGGCCCGGCGCGGCGGGUGGGUGUGCCGGGAGUGAGCCGGCAGCGGGCGUGUGGACUUCACCGCCCGGCUGCGCCCUCGGCCCGGGCGGUCCCCGGAGGUUCGGCAAUAACGCGUUUGCGGCCCUGCUGCGUCGUUGGUGUAACUGUGCGCCGCGCGGCUCGCCCGCCGGGGCCGGGGAACGGAGAACGGCGGGGCGCCUCGGCGGUGAGAGGGGCCGGCGGUCGGCGGGGCUGUGUGCGCAGCCCUGCUGGCAGCCCGAGGCCGGGAUCCCGCCGGAGCUCGGGCAGCGGCCCCGGCGGCUCCGGGAACGUGGGGAGGCUGUGCGCUCCCACGGCGAAAACCCGCGGCUGUGCUGUGCUGUGCUGCGUACUGGGGCGUCUGUCGUCUCUGUAAAGCAGCCAGAGAACGAGCGCUUCCCGGCAGCGCCUGCCCCGCGCAGUGCUGGCACAGAAGGGCUCCCAGUGACCCCGUCCCGUGUCCGGCCUCUUCUGCGGUCACGGCGACAGCGCAGUCGGGGGAGUUCCCUGCAGCUCCACCGGCCUGGCCUUCGAGGCUGGGAUGGGGGCAGCGGACGUGAGGCAGGAGCGGUUUGCUGGCUCGGCUCCCGUGGAUCCCUAGAGAUGGGAGCGCAGGGCUUGGUGUGUGUGUGUGGCGCUUUCUGCGCUCGCAGCAGAGCGCCCAACGUAAUGCCUCUGGAGCCUGUCUGCAUCUCCUCCCCUCCCCCUGCCGCAGUGUGGUUGGCUGCUGAGCGCCUGGUGCUGCGUUUCUGCUAG